AUGCACCCUCCAAAUGCAUUAGUUUUCCAUUGGCUGGGUGUUUGGAUCGGAUUCCUUCUCCUCCCUCAUAUUUGUACGUCUAAAUUCUUCCCCAAUCUCAUCUUGGGCCUUGUUUUAGAUGCUCCAAAAACCACUCCUUCCACUCGAUCCAAGGGCGAGAUUGCUUGUUAUUCCUGUUUCUCAGUCAGUUCGGUGGAUCCAUUGGACGAAGAUAUUAUUAUUCAACACAAUGAGAACGUCACUAUUAUCAAGGAUAUCAUGAGAGAAGUGAGUUUCUAAGAUCUAAGUAAAUGAUUCCAAUUUAAGGCCGGCAUGACCGUACCUGCAUUGGCGCCCCGGUGUGCUGAUAGAACAACGUCAGGGAAUUUAAAUUUUUUCGGUGCUCGUGUCCACUUGUGUCAGAAUAGUGUGGAUGAACCCGGGGCUUGUGUCAAGCUAAAGGGGAGCUUCAACGGCAAGUCAGCGAUGACUGACUUGCCAUAUCAUUGUCAUCCAAGCUACUCCAAUAUUAUGUAAUUUCAGGCGAGAGUUUUGUCUAUCGAGAUUGUUGGGAACAAAUGUGGGAAGAUCCCCGGCCCUUUCAUCAUCGGAUGUCCCAGAGAUGUUUCGCCGAUGAAAUGGUUCAGAAUUUCAUUGGGACUGAUAAAAAUACAAUUUGUUUUUGUGAGGACGACCUCUGCAAUGCCUCAAAGCGAUGGACAAUGUCUCCAUCAAUUACAAUACUGGUCAUUUUUGCAACAAUUGGGAAAUAUCUAAUGUAA